UUUAAAGUAGAAACUCCAACUGUCCCCGAGCCCCGGCCUUUAACGUACUUUUCCUUACCGGUAGUGCGACUGACUGGUGUGGUGCUUGCUAGCUAGCUAGCUGGCUAACACAUUAGAGUAGCCCGUGACAGGAUACAUCAAAACAACCGGUUUCGUCGACUCGUAUGCAGAGAAGAUGGUGUACUUGUUAAAUCCCCUGGAGAAUCUGAGGAACUACAUAAAUAACCGCCCACCGCUGGUCAUCUUUAUGGUCAGUGUGAGUGCUGUGGCCAUCGCCUUCCUAACUAUCGGCUACUUCUUCAAAAUUAAGGAGAUCAAAUCCCCUGAGAUGACUGAGGACUGGAACACCUUCCUUCUACGCUUCAAUGAGCUGGAUUUGUGCGUGUCGGAGAACGAGACGCUCAAGCAUGGUCUGAAUGAGUCCACUACGUCAGAAAGCACAGUGGUGACCAGUGGGCAGGCACGCUCUAGCACUCACGCCCCGCCACUGUUGGACGACUCGGGAACCAUCAACAUCUCAGUGCCCAUUACCCUCACCCUGGACCCUCUGCGGUCCUUUGGGGGCUACUCCCGCAAUAUCACCCACUUAUAUGCCACUGUGCUGGGCCAGCAAGUUGGCUUGACAAGUAGGGAGGCCCAUGAGGAAAUGAACAUCACGUUCACCUUGCCAGUGUCGUGGAAUUCUGAUGACUGUGUGCUGCAUGGUCACUGUGAACAGGUGGUGUUCUGCACCUGUAUGACUAUCACAGCUGCCAGCAAUGUCUUUCCCGUCACAGUGCAACCACCACACUGUGUCCCAGAGACUUAUACAAAUGCCACAUCCUGGUACAAGCUCUUCACCACGGCAAGGGACUCCGACACCAGAUACAGCCAGGACUACAACCCCUUCUGGUGCUACAAAGGUGCCAUAGGGAAGGUGUACCACACCCUCAACCCCAAGCUCACUGUUAUUGUCCCCGAUGACGACCGCUCUCUUAUCAAUCUGCAUCUGAUGCACACAAGCUACUUCCUGUUCGUGAUGGUCAUCACAAUGUUCUGCUAUGCAGUCAUCAAGGGACGGCCAGGCAAAGUACGACUGAGCAACCCCGACUUCUGCCCUGAAAAGGUGGCCUUGUCAGAGGCAUAAGAAGUACCAAAGGAUCCACAUCAGUACAGAACUAUAGCUGGAAAAGAGAGCAGAAGACGUAAACACUUAACAGUUGCCUACUGAACCAUGCAAGAAAAUAUGAGGUGCAAAACUUCUCUUGCAAUGUUGGGUCACUCCAACAAAAGACAUAAGUGCCUGUAUCUACUGUGUAAAUAUUUGUAGGAACUGUUGAAUUCAGUACAUUCAGAAGUUUUGUUUUUGGUUAAGCAAUAUCAGUUUAGCAAGAUUUACCUGACAUAAAGGAACUGCCCUUCCUCAUAGUCACCUUGAUGUCAUGGUUUUUAACCCAUAAUAGACCCUCACGUAUGCCAUUUGGAGUGUGAAGGGGGAAAAUGAGCCUUGGGUUUCCCCUUUGUCGUUACACUGAAAACGAAUAAGAAUGAUUGGCCUUUUUCUUGAGAUUCAUCUUCUGUGUUCCUAAGUGGUUUAACAUGUUUGCUGAAGACCAUGAAGCAGGCUUUAGGUCUCUUAGAUAAAAAUAAGACUCACUGCACCCUAGAGGCCAAAAGUGUCCAAACACAGCUCUUUAUUGCACCUGAAGGUUAGAUACUGACUUCCGUGUGGUUGCUGGGUAAGGUCAUUUAGAAUUGGUUGCACCAGAGGGGGGGAAAUAAUCAGUUACGGUAAUUGAUAUGCUUUUCUCAGCUUGCAACAUUAUUCUUUUUUCGUCUUUGUAAGGGUUUGUUUUAGGGUUGAAUGCUAUGAGGUCAUGAAGUAUGAAGAAAUAUCCAAUUGAUAGUUGCGUGUAUGCUGUUGAUAGGCCUUUGAGGAACUCUACAUCUAUUUUUGUUGAGCACAAUUCCAGUUGUACAUUUUCAUGUUUUAAUGUAAUCUCUUCUGAUGGAUAAGAUCCUGUGUCAUGUUUUGUUGUGCGGGGGUGUCGGUGGUGCAAUUGAGGAUAGCCUAUUCUGUAAUGAUUACCUGUGUACAACAAAAAGUGCUCCACAGGUAACAAGUAAGCUGUUGAUUUACCUGUUUUAUGUUGAUUUAUUUUGUCAAUGUAUUGACGAAAUACAAAUUGACAUUUGUUCUGUCAAUGAUAUCCAGACUUCAUGUUUCUGGUUGUUAACCCGACGACAUUGCUGCGUGGACUGUAGUAUAGUAUAUCAUUUUGAUUUGCCUUUAAGCACAAAGCACUGACUAAUCUAUUUCUGAUCUUUGUUAGUGUUGGCACCUUUUUCUGUACAUCCAUAUCAAAUUUUCCAGUCACUUACUGUAGCUUUUCACAGGACAAGGUAGAAUACGAGGUGCAUUUUUAAGUUGCACUGUAAUACGCCAAUUAAGGGAAACUAUAUAGUCAUCAGAGAAAUGAACAUUACAAUGCAGGGUAUCAUUUCCAUUCCACUGUCCUUUGGUGUCACUUGUUUUUGUGUUUAGUUUUUUACACAAAUAACUUGUAAUUUUUUGCAUCUUGCCUUAAUACUGUUUUGUCAUGUCUUUGUUAAGCUUUUCAGAAACCAGGUAAUUCGUCUCAUUAUUACAGUGUACGUUUCACCCCUUACUGGUCAUUUUGGAUCACCAACAAUAUAACUUCUGUAUGUGAAGUGUCAAUAUAUAGAUUGUAAUUUAUUUCAUGGCCAUUUGUUUCAAUAGAAUACAUUUUCGUAUUUGUCUACAUGACUAUUAUUAAUAUUUGCCAGGAUGUUUCUACAGCACACAUACAUAUUAAACAUAAACAAAGUUUAAACAUAUUAUUCUGACCUUGCUCUUUAAGACCACAUAAUCAAUUGUGGUAAUCCCACCUCCAAGUAAAUGGGUCUUUAAAUACAUACAUCCUCCCAUCCUUGGAGAAGUCACUGAUCUGGUAGUAGAGGAAAAUAUAGACUGGUUGUCACCCCUUUGUUAGGUUAUCACCUCAGCAAGGCUGUAAAGUGGAAUGGUGCGGAAAGAAAGCAUUCAAAUAGGACCCUCUCCCUUUUAACUCCAUACUGAACAAUCUCACACCCAACUACUUGUGUGCCUUUAGCACUAACCAGUGUAACAUUACCCUCCCUCUACAUUCCGUAGCUGUGCUGUUGAAAUGUGCUGAUGAGGGUUUCUGCUCCAGUUAAUGUCUGUAAAUGAUAACAUUUAAAAUACAAUGGCCGUAUGUUGAAAUAUACUGUAUAAGGUUUCACUAUUGCAUGCAUGUUCCCUUUUUUGUCCCAUCAACAUUUUCAUUCCAUACCUUUUCCACACCUCAUAACUUGGCAUUCAAUGUUGAACUGCUGUGAUAUCACACACAAAAUGUUCCAUUGAAAAUCUAUGUAAUACAUGAAGAGUGUCUCUGAUGUUUUGCUGACAUGUUGAGCAGGCUGCUAAUUAGGCAGUACUUGUGCAGACAAGAACAAGUCAUACCCAAUGUGAACAAUUGAAAUAAAUAAACAAUUUAUGGGCAA